AACCCUGCUGAUUUUCCUUAUCGGGUCUGCCCGUGGGAUUCUGCUGCUUGGAAGAUGGCGAGUUCGGGGGGUGCAGCUGGUUCGUCUUCCUUGGCUUCUUUGUGGAGCGAUGUUAACAAAGCUGGACAGAAUGGCGACUUUACCAGGGUCCUGAAGUCGGUGAACAGGAUAUUGCAGGCGGCGAAGGAUGAUGUGAAGGCACUGCAUUGUAAAGUUGUUUGUCUCAUUCAGAAUGGAAGCUUUAAGGACGCCCUGACUUUAAUUAACAGCAAUUCUAAAGUGCUAACAAGUGAUGUUGUUGCUUUUGAAAAAGCAUACUGUGAAUACAGGCUAAAUAAAAUUGAGACUGCAUUGAAAACAAUAGAAACUGCACCUCAGAAAACGGAGAAGCUAAGCGAACUUCAUGGACAAGUGCUUUAUAGAUUGGAAAGAUAUGAAGAAUGCUUAUCUGUCUAUCGUGAACUCAUCCGUAACUCUCAAGAUGAUUAUGAUGAGGAAAGACAGACAAACCUGUCUGCAGUGGCCGCUGCUAUGAGUCUCUGGUCAAAGGCAAAGCCCGAAGACCUUGGUUUACAGGAGACAUCUUAUGAACUUUGCUACAAUGCUGCCUGUAGACUAAUUGGACAGGGAAGGCUGAGGGAAGCGAUGAAAAAGCUGCGAGAAGCUGAAAAUCUCUGCAGACAAUCCAUUUCAGAAGACACUGAUUUGACAGAAGAAGAUAUAGAUGCUGAACUGGCCAUCAUUCAUGGUCAGAUGGCAUAUGUCAUGCAGCUCCAGGGAUCCAUAGAUGAUGCACUCCAGCUUUACAAUCAAAUCAUCAAGUUAAAGCCCACUGAUGUCGGUUUGUUGGCUGUUGUGGCAAAUAACAUCAUAACUAUUAACAAGGACCAAAACGUGUUUGAUUCAAAAAAGAAGGUAAAGCUGACAAGCGCUGAAGGAGUAGAACAUAAGCUGGCGAAAAGACAACUUCAGGCCAUAGAAUUUAACAAGGCUUUGCUGUCCAUGUAUACAAAUCAGGCAGAUCAGUGUAGAAAACUGUCCAGCAGUUUACAAGCCGAGAAUCCCGAGAAUCUUCUUCCUGUUCUCAUUCAGGCUGCCCAGCUUUGUCGUGAGAAACAGCAUGCGAAAGCUAUAGACCUUCUACAGGAAUUUGCUGAUCAGAAUCCAGAGCAUGCCACCCAAAUUAAACUAACAAUGGCACAGUUGAAACUCGCACAGGGUAACGUAACCAAGGCAUGCAUGAUCAUGAAAACUAUUAAGGAACUGGAGCACAAACCGGGCAUGGUAUCCACAUUAGUGACUAUGCAUGGCCAUGAUGAAGACAUUGACAGUGCUAUAGAAGUGUUUAACCAGGCAAUCAGUUGGUACCAAGAAAAGCAACCAAACUCUCGAGCACACUUAGCCCUAAUAAGAGAAGCUUCAAACUUCAAAUUAAAACAUGGACGAAAGAAGGAGGCCAUCACCGACCUGGAACAACUAUGGAAACAGAACCCCAAAGACAUUCAUACGUUGGCGCAGCUUAUAUCUGCAUACUCCCUUGUGGAUGCUAAUAAAGCAAAAGUUCUUAGCGAGCAUCUGCCUUCAUCUGACUCUAUGCACUUAAAAGUGGAUGUCGAUGCCUUAGAAAAUUCCACUGGGGCUACAUUCAUCCGGAAAAAAGCUGCUAAAGUGGCUGGAGAGCAGGCGAAAGUGCAAGGGCAAGUGGAGAUUAAGAAAAAGAAGAAGAAAAAGAAAGGAAAGUUACCCAAGAAUUAUGACCCCAAGGUUACCCCAGAUCCAGAGCGAUGGUUACCUAUGCGAGAGAGAUCCUAUUAUCGUGGCAAAAAGAAGGGGAAGAAGAAGGAACAGAUUGGAAAGGGAACUCAGGGAGCCACAUCUGCUGCAACUGCUGAACUGGAUGCAAGCAAAACAGCCAGCAGUCCACCAACAUCUCCAAGGCCUGGAGCUGGAGUGACAACGGCAAAUGUGCCAAACAGCAAUGUUGUUCCACCAAGACAUCAAAAGCCAGUAGGUGCUGCUGGCACAAAGAAAAAACAGCAACAAAAGAAAAAGAAAGGCGGAAGAAGUAAUUGGUGAUGAUGCCUCCUGGGAGUAUGGUGUCUCCAAGUUUCACCCACCAACUGUAGUCCAUGUCUUACCAUGUGCUGUUUAAUGCACGCGCAUUUUUUUAGGAAAUCUAAAAGGUUGAUUUUGGAAGCAAUUUUUUAUUUAAAUUUGGGUUCUGACUAACGAUUGCAAAUCCUGCUCCCUUUUUAUUUCCCUAAAUACAACAUUUUUUUUUUGUUUUACCUUGACACUAUUCCUGAAAUCAUGACAGUUGUUAGGACCACCUUCCACCUGGAAGGCUUUUAGUUGUAUAAAACUAUGGUCUUUAAGUUGUGCAUUAAAGCGAUAUCAGCAACA